AAGGCCAUUGGCGCCAUGCAGCGCUUCGCCGGCCUGGAGGCCACCGGCGUCCUGGACGAGGCCACCCUGGCGCUGAUGAAGACCCCACGCUGCUCCCUGCCGGACCUCCCGGCCGCGGCCCCCGCUCGCAGGCGGCGCCAGGCUCCAGCCCCGGCCAAGUGGAACAAGAGGAACCUGUCGUGGAGGGUCCGCACGUUCCCGCGGGACUCGCCCCUGGGCCGCGACACCGUGCGAGCGCUCAUGCACUACGCCCUCAAGGUCUGGAGUGACAUCGCGCCCCUGGACUUCCACGAGGUGGCCGGCAGCGCCGCCGACAUCCAGGUGGACUUCUCCCAGGCCGACCACAACGACCGCUACCCCUUCGACGGCCCCGGGGGCACGGUGGCCCACGCCUUCUUCCCGGGCGACCACCACACUGCAGGGGACGCCCACUUCGACGCCGACGAGGCCUGGACCUUCCGGUCCUCAGACGCCCAGGGCAUGGACCUGUUCGCGGUGGCCGUGCACGAGUUCGGCCACGCCAUCGGGCUGAGCCACGCGGCGGCCCCUCGCUCCAUCAUGCAGCCCUACUACCGGGGCCCCGUGGGCGACCCUCUGCACUACGGGCUCCCCUACGCCGACCGCGUGCGCGUCUGGCAGCUGUACGGUGUGCGGGAGUCCGUGUCCCCCACGGCGCCGCCAGACAGCGCAGGACCCGAGGAGCCUCCCCUCCUGCCGGAGCCCCCCGACAACCGGUCCAGCACCCCGCCCAGGAAGGACGUGCCCCACAGGUGCACCACCCACUUUGACGCGGUCGCCCAGAUCCGCGGCGAGGCAUUCUUCUUCAAAGGCAAGUACUUCUGGCGGCUGACCCGGGACCGGCACCUGGUGUCGCUGCAGCCGGCGCAGGUGCACCGCUUCUGGCGGGGCUUGCCGCUGCACCUGGACAGCGUGGACGCCGUGUACGAGCGCACCACUGACCACAAGAUCGUCUUCUUCAAAGGAGACAGAUACUGGGUGUUUAAGGACACUAACGUAGAGGAAGGAUUCCCUCGGCCCGUCUCCGACUUCGGCCUCCCACCGGGCGGCGUCGACGCCGCCUUCUCCUGGGCCCACAAUGACAAGACUUAUUUCUUUAAGGACCAGCUGUACUGGCGCUACGAUGAGCACACCCGGCGCAUGGACCCUGGCCACCCGGCCCGGAGCCCCCCGUGGAGGGGCGUCCCCAGCUCACUGGACGACGCCAUGCACUGGUCUGACGGCGCCGCCUACUUCUUCCGCGGCAGGGAGUACUGGAAGGUGCUGGACGGCGAGCUGGCCGUGGCAUCCGGGUACCCGCAGUCCACGGCCCGGGACUGGCUGGUCUGCAGAGACCCGCAGGCCGACACCGAGGGCGCGGACGGAGAGGCUGGGGCCCCCGCCCCGCCCGGGCAGCAUGACCGGAGCCACUCGGAGGACGGCUACCAGGUGUGCGCCUGCAGCUCCGGGGCUGCCCGUCCGCCCGGGGCCUGGGGCCCGAUGCCGGCCUCCGUGCUGCUGCUGCUGCUGAGCUCCCUGUGGACGGCAGCCUGGGCCCUGGCACUCUGA